AUGCCCUCAGCACAGAACCCUCAUCUAGCUGCUUCGCAUCCAACUAGGAACGGGGUUUAUCUUCCGUUUAUGAACCAGCCUCCGACCCUGAAUUAUUGGGUGGUUCCAUCCUCAGUUCCUAGUAAUCAUCCUAUUCAAUCGUCUUUCUUUACAGCCGCUCUCCCUUCUCAUGUGAUUCCUGAACAGUCAGUUCCGGCGUUCAAUGUACAAUCCACUGUAUACACAAAUUCUGUACACGGUAACCCGCCGGGGCACGUUCGACAGCCACCCGUCUCCCAGCCUUUGUCCAACCCCAGCCAGCAGCUGGCUCCGGCCCAUCCUCAACCACAAAUUCAGCCUGGACCUGAAACAGACCGAUUUUUUCCUACUGAUCACAGGCAUGUAUUGCCAACCCUCGCUCAGCCAGCUCCAAGUCGGACCGCAAUUCAUCAGGUUGAGACGCAUAUUCCUGAUUUCCUCCUAGAAUCUGAUUCUGUCAACAGGAAACCGCUGCGGUAUUAUCGUUACAUCGAGCAGAUCAUCAUCUUGCCUCGGUUCUUUGAUAUCAACUCCGGGUUGUUCACGUGGAACCUUGAACUUGCUCCUGCGCUAAUAGCAAACAAAGUCCGCAAGAUUGCUACCGAUACGGUAUUUGGGCUCACAGAGCUACAGGUUUCGGAUGGGUCGACUCAGUUCCGAUUGAAGUGUAUAAAACGAAAAAUAUCGGAACGAUCUGCGAGGUGGUCCGAUGAAGAGGCUGUAUCUGCUCCUACAACGUGGCCUAUGUGUUUGUCGAUUUCCGUCAAUGGAGAUUUUGGAGUUGACUUUCGACGUAAGGCUCAUCAUGGACUUGACCUCAGUACAGAUGUCACGGAUCUUUUACAUGAUGGGCCAAAUGAGAUUAAGGUUUGCGUUACCUUCACCCCUCAAGAGGAGAGUGUUGUGUAUGGUAUGUGUCUUGAGAUAAUUCGCAUUACGAGCCAUCAGACGGUAGCGUCAAUGCCGCAGACCAUCCCGUCACAGCAGAUCAAGACUUCGAUUAUGAGUGCCUUGUCACGAAAAGACAGUCAGGAGGACGACGAUGAUCUACUCAUUGCGGACCAGCUUAUGAGUAUUGACCUAGUAGAUCCGUUCAUGUCGACCCUGUGGGUGACACCCGUCCGCGGGAGGUCAUGUCAACACCGAGAAUGUUUCGAUCUGGAAGCAUUCCUCUCAAGCCGCACAGGCCGUGUGAAAGGUUGCUCAAUGACAAAUCCUGACCAAUGGAAAUGCCCCAUAUGUAGGAAAGAUGCACGACCUCAAAAUCUCAUCAUCGAUGGAUUCCUCCUCGAUGUACGAGAACAGCUGGAGGCCCAAGGGCUGCUAGACACAAAGGCAAUCUUGAUUAAGGAGGACGGAAUUUGGCAGGCCAAAUCUGACGCGCCACCUCUCACCCGUUCAAACCGCAGCGGUAAUGCAACCACAGGGAAGCAAGACACAGAGGCAAUUCCGAGCCCAGCAAAGUUGGACAGUGUGUCCUCGAUCCCUCAGCAGAACAUCGUCAUUGUGCUCGAUGAUGCCUAA